AUGGUGCGGACUCCAGUCUUUGGCACACAGACAAAGCCUAUAUUAGAAAUUCAUCCAUCCUCCCCAUUUGUCGUUCUCUAUGGGUCCCCAGCCGAGGCGCAAGCGACCGAGCUCACGGGUAAGCUUGUUCUAACGAACCCUGACUCCAUGCCAGUGAAGGGCAUAAAAAUGUCCUUGGUAGGAAUAAGAAAGGUGCAAUGGAUCACCAAUACGGUGACACCACAGCAUGUGACAAAGAAAACCACAUUCUUGAACCAAGAAGUGCUCAUAUAUCCUUCGGAAGGCUCGGCCAAGUCAGCCCAUAGGAUUGGGGCUGGUAUACAUGAGUGGUCCUUCAAGUUUGAAAUUCCUGGGAACACUGAGGAGAGCGUUGAAGGGCUAUCCAUGGGCUACAUUGUAUACAACCUUAAUGCAUCGGUACAGAGAGGUGUGAUGACGAAAGACCUCAUGGCCACACAGCACAUCCGUGUAAUACGUACACUAGGACAAGACGCUAUGGAGUCUAUGCCCUUAGAACAGAUCAACGAAGAUAUCUGGGCGCAAAAGAUUGCUUACAAGAUCAUCGUCCCACAAAAGAAUUAUAUUGUGGGAACGCCAAUAACGGCUGACUUCACUUUAGUCCCUCUCAAGAAGGGGCUCACCAUUGGGAAAGUCAAGAUGGAGGUCAUAGAGCACCUUAUUCUUACUGCCGAUGCAGGCGGUUACUCGAGAGCCUCACAGCACACUAGGGAGCUAGCUGUAGAAACGAUGGAGCAAGAGAUGCCGUCGACUGCAGAGAGAUUGAACACUCCGGAGAUGGAAGCGCUCGGACCGGACUCACUUGUGGACGAGUGCUACAAGUUCAAGACUACCCUAGAUUUACCGAAGUCUUUACGGUAUUGUCGUCAAACAGUCGAUACGGAAAACAUCAAGAUCAUCCACAAACUGCGGAUUUAUGUAAAUCUUCAUAACCCAGAAGGCCACGUUAGCCAGUUAUUGGUGAAAAACCAUCUACAUCUUUUCAUAUCGCCGAACCUGCCACCAAAUGAGGACCAAAGUGUGGUUGUAGAUCCUGCCAUACUCGCUUCCACGGCAGUGGCAGACGAGGUCAUGCAAGCAGCACCACCACUUUACGGACGCCACCAGCUUGACUCACUGUAUCAUGAGAUUGAUCCCAGUGACUUCCACAGCCAGCCAGCCAGCGUCGUCCACACGCCGUUCCAGGCUCUGAGUCGAAAUCCUUCAAACGAGCACCUUCAGACGUCCAUCGAUAGUGUCGCAGACGUAGACCAAGAGGCCUCUGCGAGCGUGCUACAUUCACGACUGGUCACACUGCGUCUAGAUCAAGACGCAUCUGAUCGCCCGUCCGCACCGCAACGUUCAGGUUCACAGCACUCCUUCCACACAACUUCUCACACAAGUACUCCAUCAACUGCUAUAGAUUCUACUCGCUUGCCAGAAGCUACGAGUGGCUACUUUCCAGAUCAGGAUCGCUUGGGAUUUGACAUGUCUGCACUAUCCCGAAUUCCAAGUUACAAUACGGCAGUACGAACACCGCUACCGACGCCCCUAAGUGAAGACCUACCAACGUAUGAUUUGGCAACAAGCCAGCCUAGUAGUCCAAAUGUAGUGGCUACGAUGCCGCGAAGUGAACGAAACUCUCCUUCGUCAUCCGUGGGAAGCCCUGAUACGUUACAGAAUGCGACGUUACGAAAUACGCAUUUGAACUCGCGCCGAGGAUCACCAACUGGGUUCGACCUGACAGAUGGAGCUCGGAGGUAA